ACGCUUCCUUGAAUGAAUGUCAACAAAACAUCAAAUAUCUCUCUGUGUCUGUUUGCCGUUCUGACAACCAGCAACAACAACAACGAGUUUAUGCGCCGGUCGCUUUUAUAUACUUACGAUACAUAUUCUUCACAUAAGACAUGAAUGUUCUGGAAACUUUAUCAAAUGUGUGAAUUUUUCCCAUUCAUUGUGCGGUCGCGUCGUCGUCUUGUGUGCUAAUAGAUAAAAUACCUAUUAUUUUGUUUAUUUUUUUUAUUUAUUCCAUACGAUACCAUUAAGUCAUUUGUGAAAGAAAAAGUUGGGUGAAAAAUGGCUGGAAAAUAAUGAACGAUUUUGUUCAUAACCUACCACCACAAUUUGAAGAGUGUGUUAAAAGAGAUUUGCAAGGGUAUUUGGAAAUUGAAGUGAGCUAUAUUAGUUUUGUAACAAAAAUCAUUGAAGAAGAUAAUUCCGAAAGUGCUAAACCCCCAUCGUCGCUGUGGAAUGGAAAAAUUUUGUUGAAUAAUAAUUGUGUGGAUAAUACAAAAAAUAUCAAGGAAUUUCCUCAAAGUUUGCAAAAUAUUUGUGGGAGAGGAAGCAGCAGCGAACAACACAAGAAGCAGGCAAACAAAUCGGUUCUUUCGAAUAUUAAAUGUGUACAAGUGAAAAUUGUUUGGUUCGGCGAAGAUAGGGCCGAGAGUGUGGCAAAUAUUUUGGUCAGCUGUGAAACGUUGUCGUCAAAACGAGCGAAACCCCAACAUCAACAGCUAUUAAGAAAAAAGAAAAAUAAACACUGCCAGUAUUUUGUUGUGUCCUCCUCAUCAUCAACAUCAGCUUCUUCAUCGGUCGCCGUCAACAACAAUAAACUACGGUACCGCAUUUGCACGAGCGUUGGUCUAUUCUUAGAUUAUUUGCGUUCCUGCAAGCCCAUACAAAUAAUAGUCUCGAGCAACAGCGGCAGUACAACGGCAGCCAACAACAACAGCAAUACAUUAGUUCUGGGGCAAACCCAAUUGCGUUUGCCUUCGAUUCUAUUGAGAAAAUUUGCAUUUAACAUUGCAAGAGGUCAUAAGAGUUUCGAACAUAAAAGUAAAAUUUAUACCCUUUAUCAAAGGCAGCAGGAGGAACAGCAACAAGCAAAUUCAUCGAUUAAAAAAUCGGGUGAAAUACAAUUGCGUUUCAAAAUGAUGUUCGCAGCGCCGGCAGCAGCCGCUACCGUGGUGUCCAUGCCCCUGACCACCAAACAUGGUGGCCUUCACGAUAAACACCAUCUUCAUCAUCAUCACCACAUACACCAUCAUAAUGCGCAUAUGAUGGUCAGCAAAACCAAAGUUGCCGAACCAGGUGACAAAUCCAAACGUUUAUCAACACAAACGAAAUCUGAAGAAAUUGUUGAAGCCAUGAAGAAACUCGAUGCUAAAUUAGUUGCCUACUUGGCUGGUGAAACUGAAAUCACCUCUAAGAUUCCUGAGGAGGUAGUACAUGAUAUUAAUCUCAAUGAUAGCGAUGAACAAAAUAUUACUACCCGCUUGGACGAUUUAUCGCCCGCUACAAAAUUGAACAUUUUCAAAACCAUACAUGGCAUUAAGCUAGAAAUGGAAGCCCUAACCCUACAACCGGAGGGUACAAAAUCAAUGAAUUUGAUGGCAAGUGAAAUACGUCCCAUUUUCACGGUGGAAUGCCAGUUUUCGAAUGAGCUUAUUAAGAAGGUGCCACGCAGUGACAUGUUCCAUAUCAUACAAUUCGAAUCGGAAAAAUUCCAAAGUCUAACCCAAUGCACUCGCUUCGGGCAGAAGGAUGAACGUGCGGUUAAAUUGGAUCUCGAUGAGAAUGGCAAUGAGUUGAGUGAAAUCAAUUUGGGUCGUAUAUAUUUUACGGUGUGGUGGCGUGAACCCGGCACCUGUCUCAAUGAAAUGUUGGGCAUGGGCACCCUGGAAUUAUCCGAUCUUUACAAUGCCUCACUGCUGGAACAGUGUAAACGCAUUGAAAUCCAACGUCGUGGUCGUCAUUUGGCAUGUCUGUACUUUAAAAUAACACUGCAGCGCAAUGUCACAGCUGCCAAUAAUAUUCUCAAGAAACGUAAUGUAUUUCUACCCAAACAGUCCAGUUGUGAUAGUGACAGUGAUGACAAGACCCCGGCAUCCUCAUCAGCUGCUGAUAAACAAAAUGUGUCAACAUCCAAUGCGGCCCAGCAACCGAAUCAAAAUCAAAACAAUUUGGCCACUGAUAAAUCAUCAACCGAAAAAGGUGAUUAUACUGAAAAUUUCUGGUUUGUAAAGCACAGCAAAAUACAAUCUUCAAUUCCAGGUCAAAAUAACAAUUCGAACAAGCUACAGGUAGCUCAAUCGCAUUUUGAUGAUGAGACAACAAAAAUCCGCCUGCUUAAGGGAUUCAUUUAUGCCAAUGAGGCACGCAAUCUUGAGCUGCAGUCACAGCCUCAAAAGUUUCUUAUAUGUCGGCGCUUUUGGUUAGAUGAACCUGUGGCAGCCAAGGCCGAUGAUGGCAACAAGUUUAACUAUCAGGAGCAAUUCUCCGUCAUAAAUGAUGACAAGUUUUUGCAGCGUGUCGACAAACAAUAUUUGCAUUUGGAAUUGUGGCAACGCAUGAGCUCCGACGAUGGCAAUGGCAAUUGUGAGGAAAAUCUCCAGGCCAUUGGCAUGGUGCGCAUACCCUUGCAUCAGUUUUACAUAGCCUAUCGUGAUGCAGCCAUUACCAAUCAUUUGUGUAAGGGAAAGCUUCCCGUAAUUUCCAUUGAUGCCUGGGCGCCAAUUAUUAACUGGGAAAGUGGGCUGAAAAUUGGUGAACUCAAGUGUCUCUUGGCUGUGGGCAGUGAGGAACAAAUCAAAAACCUAAAGGACACACGAGGCUUUAGUAUUACCUUUAACUCCGAAAUGGCUACCAGUUUACAGGAGCGUAAACUAUUGCAAAACCUUAAGCCCUUACAAAUUGCCAGUACUUCCAAGAAUGUGCCGCCGUCAUUGCCAACAGCAAAUAAAGCACACAGCAAUCUCCCGGCUAAAUCAUCGGCCGCCAAACUAAAAAACACCUCGGAUUUAUUGGACAUGUUAAACAAGGUGCUAAUGACACCCCAGCCCCAGUCUGGUGGCUCCCCAGAUACUACCAUGACGGCCCAAUCAACAGCAGCAGCAUCAUCUGCGGCCAUGACAUCGUCGGCAUCCCCAUCCUUGAAACCCUUGCAGCAAUCAAAUCUAAAACUUUUCAAAUUUUCCUUGGAAAUACAAAAAGCCCUUGGUUUGCCCUUGAAUCCUGCAGCAAAAUCCAAGAAGGGCGCUAAGCAGCGUAAUGCCUCCAAGAAAUUCCCACCCAACGAGGCGCCCAAUACCUAUGUUACAUUCCAAGCAGAGGCUGGACCCUAUGCCACAUAUAAAUCGCACGAGGGUAUGGUCUAUGCCACCACUAUUGUCGAAAAAUCAUGUCAACCCCAAUGGCAGCAGCGUUAUCGUCUCUCCGCCACCAUUGAUUAUCUUUAUAAUCCCCAAAAGCGUUUUAUCCUGAAGGUAUGGAAAAAAUCCGCCCUAGACCUGGCACAGGGCCGCACUCAACCCACACCCAUUGAAGAUGCCAUUAUCGGUUUUGCCGCCCUAGAUUUAACAGUUUUUACCAAGGGUCUACACAUUGCCGGACGUUUUAAUAUUGUGGAUUUUAAUGGACGCAUUAAUGGCCAGUUGGAGAUACGUUGUCAUCCCUUGGAAGAAAUACCAGCUACAAAUAUGGCCACAGUGGGAUCUACGGCCCAAAGUGGUGGAGAUCAUCUCGGUGUCGGGGCGGCAUCCACAACAUCCGUGGAUUCGGUUAUCGAUCAGUUUGAACAAACUCUUGAUUUGGCCCAUUUAAAUCUGGGACAGGCCAUUAAACGUAAAUUUACCGAAUUGGAAGGUAUAUCGCAGCGUUUAAGAGCCCGUCUGGGUGAUGUUACGGGUACGGAAAUUCCCUUAGAAUUUAAUGCCGAACAAUUGGAUACAUGGCAGCCGUUGUCGGUGGAUGCCAAUGAUAAUGAUUUGGAUGAAUUUGAACGUGAUCUCAAUACCCCGGUGGCAGAAGAUGAUGAGGACGAUGGUGGUGACGGCAACGAAAAACAGUUAAAGAAAAAUAAAAAGAAACAAGGGACCUAUGAAAGCUCCCCAGAUGGUCCCAGUGAAUAGUGUUUGUGGUUAGGACAAACCUUCGUUGUCUGUCAUUUGAAAAAUAUUAGCUGCACAUUAGUUUUUCUUAAUAAUUUUUACUCAGUUGCAAUUUUGUAUUCCUUCCUUGCAUUUUUCAGCAAUACUCCUCCACCCCCACAUGCUAGGCACUUGAUAGACGAUGGUGUAUUUUAUUAUAAACAAAAUAAUACUUAUUCAUAGCAUCACAACAACAACAAGACUAGUUGUAGUCGUAUAGGUUAUGGUAUUACCCCAAUAGAUGAUCCUAAAUUAAGUCACCACACCCAAGAGUUUCCUACUUUUUUGUCAUCAUGACAUUACAUGCGAUCAUAGACCUCGCAAAAUGGUUAAAAAAGAAUUACACCAAUAUAAGGCUCUCUGUUUCCUUUUUUGUUAGUCCCCCUUCCUACCGGUACUUAAUAGGUUAUGUCCAUAUUUUUUAUAAAAAAAAAUAUAGUCAACAAGGAAUAUAAUUCGCCAGGCAACAAAAACAUUGAAUAAGCAAAAACGCAAAACGUGAUUUGUUUUUAUAAAACACUGUAUAAUUAUUAUUUUUUUAACAAAACUGAAAAUUUGAAUUAAAAAAAUAUAUAUUUUUUUAAUUAGUAUUUAUUUUAAAUUCUUUAUCAAUUUCUUUUUUAAGGAAACAAAAUUAUCUUUAAAUGUGUAACCCACAAGAUUAUGAUAAAUUUAGCUAAGCUUUUUUUAUAUAAAAAAUAAAUAAAUAUUUUUUGUAGAA